AUGGCGUCAAGACGACUCAGCAGCGCUGCAACAGCGAGGCUCCUCAGCCCCGGUCUGCGGCGGAUGCAGAAUCAGCAUUUUCAGCACAUACCACUCUCCAGACAAACGUCCGUUUUCUCAUCGCGGCCACAGCUGCGCAUGUCGUCGAUUGCUACAUUCAAGGCGCCUAGUGUCAGCAACGAGCCAAACCACUUCUAUGCCAAGGGCUCGGAGCAGAGAGAGGGCCUUACGGCGGCGGUUGAGAAGCUUAAGGCGGCCGGACCGGUCGACGUCCCGUUGGUGAUCGGAGGCAAAGAGAUCCGCAACAAGUCCAUCGGAGAACAGAAGAAUCCCGCCGACCACAAGACCACCAUCGCGACCUACUCCCAGGCCAGCCCUGCCGAUGUCUCUGCGGCCAUCGAGGCUGCCCUCGCAGCCAAGGCCGAGUGGGCGGCUGUCCCCUUUGCCGACCGCGCCGCCAUCUUCCUCAAGGCGGCCGACCUCAUCUCCACAAAGUACCGAUAUGACAUCAUGGCGGCCACGAUGCUCGGCCAGGGCAAAAACGCAUGGCAGGCCGAGAUCGACGCCGCCGCCGAGCUCUGCGACUUCCUGCGCUUCAAUGUCCACUACGCCGAGCAGCUUUAUGCACAGCAACCCCAACACAACUCUACGGGUGUGUGGAACCGCGCCGAGUACCGCCCUCUGGAGGGCUUCGUGUAUGCUGUCAGCCCCUUCAACUUCACCGCCAUUGCCGGCAACCUGUCGGGUGCUCCCGCCCUGCUCGGCAACGUAGUUGUGUGGAAGCCAUCCGACUUUGCCAUUGCCUCCAACUGGCUGCUGUACAACAUCUUCCUCGAGGCCGGCCUACCCAAGAACGUGAUCCAGUUCGUUCCCGGACCGCCUGAGGAGGUCACGCGAGUUGUCCUAGAGCACCGCCAGUUUGCAGCCCUGCACUACACGGGCAGCACGGCCGUGUUCCGCAAGCUGUGGGGCCAGAUCGGUGAAGGCACCGCCGAGGGCCGCUAUAUUGGCUACCCACGCGUCGUGGGCGAGACCGGCGGCAAGAACUUCCACUUGGUCCAUGCCUCGGCGGACGUCGAGAACGCGGCCGUGCAGACGGUGCGUGGCGCGUUCGAGUUCCAGGGCCAAAAGUGCAGCGCCACGUCGCGCCUCUACGUGCCCAAGUCGCUGUGGCCGCAGUUCCGUGAGCGCAUGGUCGCCGAGACGGAGAAGCUGCAGAUGGGUGUGCCUUGGGAGCACCGCAACUUCGUCGGCCCCGUUAUCCACCAGGCCUCCUUUGACAAGCUGUCGGGCGUCAUCGACGCCGCCAAGUCCGACAAGGAGCUGACACUUCUGACGGGCGGUCGCUACGACGGCAGCCAGGGCUUCUUCGUGCAGCCAACCAUCUACGAGACCAGCAACCCGGCGCAUCCGCUGAUGUCGCGCGAGCUGUUUGGCCCCAUCCUAGUGGCGCACGUCUACGAUGACAAGAACGGGUCCGCGAAGGCGUUUGCCGACAUGUGCGACACCAUUGAUGCGACGUCCGAGUACAGCCUGACGGGCUCUGUGUUUGCGGCUGACCGGUCGGCGGUGCGCGUGGCUGAGGAGCGGCUGCGCAACGCGGCGGGCAACUUCUACAUCAACUGCAAGAGCACGGGUGCCGUGGUGGGCCAGCAGCCGUUUGGUGGUGCGCGGGCCAGCGGGACCAACGACAAGGCAGGCAGCCCGACUCUGCUGAAUCGGUUUGUGAGCACGCGCAGCAUCAAGGAGGAGUUUGGGGCCACCACCGCGGUUGGCUAUCCGAGCAACGUGGAGUAA